UAGUUACCCCCAAAAAACUCUCUCUUUGUAGUAGAUGUAAGACAUUAAUGUUUUAUAGCAUGCUUAGAAAGAUUAAUAAACGAAAUUUCUGAGUUGGUAGAUAAAAUAGAAUCUUUUGAUCGUAUCAAAUUUGUAGUAAAUAUAUUAAAUCUAAUUUCUACACUAUUUUGUAGUAGAUAUAUAUGAAGAUGCCAUAUUUAUAUCUACAAGAAAGUAAAUAAAAAAAAUCAAAAUUUGUUUUCAAAUUAUAGAAGUUUUUCAAAUAUACAACUUGUAAUUAUUCGAUUGGAUUAAAUUUAGUCAAAUAUAUUUUCAAAAAUAUAUACGGUAAAGAAAUAAGACUCAAUUGGACAUUUAAGAAAAAAUAAAAAACAAUUUGUCUUUUGACUCCUUUAACGUUAAGUCCCCACCUGACACGUAAGCUUGAAAGCCACCCGCAGAGACCAGUAGGCCUCCACCAAAACGACACCGUUAGUAACAUUGAACUUUCCAACAAAUAUUUAUUAUUUAUUUUGUUUUUGUAAUGUCGAGAAAGUGAGGAAAAACUUUCGCCGCACCGCCUGAGAUUUGAUAAAAAGAGAGACGAGUCCACAUUCGAAUUUUGGAUUCCCGGAGAAGAACAAAUUCGCCAUUAUUAUAAGCUGCUUCUCCUUCUUCUUCGUUUUACACUCCCAAUCCUGAAUACACCUGAUUUCAGUUCUCGUGUGUCUCGGAAUUCUCUACGGCGAGAAUCUGAUAGUACGUCACUCAGAGAUUCCCCGACGUAUAUUUUACAUAUGGCGUCACUGGCUCUGACUUCUCCUCCCGGCGUUAAGAUUCCGUCGUACCUAGCCUCGUCGUCUUCGUCUCUCUUCCCUCGCUCCUCGAUUUCAUUCACGACCACUGAGUCUCGCUCCCGAAUCUGCGUUUCCGGUGGCGCGAUAUGCAAUUUGCCCAGGGCACUGAAUGUUGGAAACGGGAACGCUCGUGUUCCGAUUAUCAAUGAGACGACACUUCCUAAGUUCUUUGAUUCUUCCCGGUUAGAGAAAUCCGUCAAUAGAACCAACACGAAGCUGAAGUUGUUCUCUGGUACUGCAAAUCCAGCACUUUCUCAGGAAAUUGCUUGGUAUAUGGGGUUGGAGCUUGGGAAGGUUAGCAUAAAGAGGUUUGCUGAUGGAGAGAUCUAUGUUCAGCUGAAAGAGAGUGUUAGAGGUUGCGACGUCUUUUUGGUGCAGCCUACCUGCACUCCAACGAAUGAGAAUCUCAUGGAGCUUUUGAUCAUGGUUGAUGCUUGCAGAAGAGCAUCAGCUAAGAAAGUAACAGCUGUGAUUCCCUAUUUUGGAUACGCAAGAGCUGAUAGAAAGACACAAGGGCGUGAAUCCAUUGCUGCCAAACUUGUUGCAAACCUUAUAACCGAAGCCGGUGCGGAUCGUGUUCUUGCAUGUGAUCUUCAUUCAGGACAGUCCAUGGGCUAUUUUGACAUACCCGUGGAUCAUGUCUAUUGCCAGCCUGUGAUACUUGAUUAUCUUGCUAGCAAGUCAAUUUCAUCAGAGGAUUUGGUAGUGGUUUCUCCUGAUGUGGGAGGAGUAGCCAGGGCACGUGCAUUUGCUAAGAAAUUAUCUGAUGCGCCACUCGCCAUUGUCGAUAAAAGGCGUCAUGGCCACAAUGUUGCUGAGGUCAUGAACCUAAUCGGUGAUGUUAAAGGGAAAGUGGCAGUAAUGGUCGAUGACAUGAUUGAUACCGCGGGAACUAUUGUGAAAGGAGCAGCUCUUCUACAUGAGGAGGGUGCUCGUGAGGUUUAUGCUUGCUGCACACACGCGGUUUUCAGUCCGCCAGCGAUAGAGCGGUUAUCGAGCGGUUUGCUGCAAGAAGUGAUAGUGACGAAUACUUUACCGGUGGCGGAGAAGAAUUACUUCCCGCAGCUAACUAUUUUAUCGGUGGCUAACCUUCUGGGUGAGACCAUUUGGCGUGUCCAUGAUGAUAGCUCCGUUAGUAGCAUUUUCCUUUGAUGUUGGUUUUUUGUUAAUCGGUUUAAGGCUCGGUUUAGGAUCGGUUUACGUUCUCUCUCUCGUUAUUCACAGUUUCUAUCCUAACCAUGUUUUGGCUUCUCUUUUUCACCCAAACUUUGUUACUUAUCUGAGUUCGACCUUUUCUUCAUUUUUAGUUAGAGAGUUAUCACUUAUCAGUAAUAAAAUAAAAAUUAAUAUUUGAUUU